CAGAAAAGCAACGGAUUGAUUUCGUAUAUUUUCAAUCUGAACCACGAAUCAGAAGCAACAUUGUUUCUACAAAAACGAGUACAAUCGUUGCCGAAUAUCUAAACUUUUCGAGAGUUCGAGAAUAAUCCCGAUGAUUUUCUCGAUACAUCGAAAUGAUUGGUCGGCAUAAGUAGCUUCCUGCUCGCUUGUAUCUUGCACGAGGGAUGUUAAUAGGUACUAUUUUACCCUUGUCGUAGAACUUUUUUUAAAUACGAUUUGUCGAAGGAUUGAAUCAUUUAAAAAGACUGAUAUUGUUGAUAUCGUAUAGUGAGUGUGAACACAAUAAGUUAGCGUGAUGGCAUUGAACGCUCAAUAUGAAGUUAUUGGAAAGGGUUUCGUACAACAGUAUUAUGCGAUGUUUGACGACCCCGCACAAAGACCAAAUUUAAUAAAUAUGUAUAAUACCGAGUCAUCUUUCAUGACAUUCGAGGGUUUGCAAAUACAAGGUGCUAUUAAAAUCAUGGAAAAAUUAACUAGUUUAACAUUUCAAAAAAUAAAUCGGAUAAUAACUGCCAUUGAUUCACAACCUAUGUUUGAUGGUGGAGUGCUUAUUAAUGUUUUAGGAAGGUUGCAGACUGAUGAGGAUCAGCCCCAUGCAUACAUCCAGACAUUUGUCCUGAAACCAAUUGGCACCAGCUUUUACGUGCAGCAUGACAUCUUCAGACUUGCUCUGCACAACACGGUUUAGGCGUCAGGCAGAUGAAGAUCCACCACAUGCCUUCUCACAGAUUUUUGUGUUGAAGCCACUGGGGAAUUCAUUUUUUUGCCAGCAUGACAUCUUUCGUCUUGGCAUUCAUGAUAGUGUAUGAAGAGAAAUGUCUGCAAGUUUAUUACAGUUAAUAGCAGACAGGUAUCUGAGCCAUGGACUCCCCAGAGAUUAAAAUAAGUGAGCUACUUUCUUCUUAAUAUCCUUUGUCAUCACAUAUUAUUCCAUUCUUUCUAGAUACUGCAGUUUUUAUAUGAAAAACAUUUGCUUAUAUCUUGGCCACAAAAGAAAGAAAAGAGCAUUAAAAAUAAAUACAGUUUAAUAAU